AGGCGACCUUUCUCCUCGCUCUCGAAAACAGAUGUGCCUGCCAGAGGCGCCAAGCUGGCUUCCUCGCUGCCCAUUUCGCGCAGCCUCUUUCAAAGCGUUUGAAGCCGGAGGCGUUUGGGAGCAGCUGAAGAAAUCCAGUUCCCUAAAAACAUUCAACAGCAUGAAGCCAGUUAUUGUUGUUCAUGGUGGAGCUGGUCGCAUCUUUAAAGAGCGGGAAGAUGGAAGUCGUUCUGGUGUGAUCAGAGCAGCGUUGAAAGGUUACAGCAUCCUUAAACAAGGAGGAACUGCAUUAGAUGCAGUUGAAGAGGCCGUGAUAUCAAUGGAAGAUGAUCCACAUUUUAACGCGGACGGAACACAUGUUGCUGACCGAUCAAGGGGCCUCAGCCUUUGCUAAGGCUAUGGGGGUCCCUGAGGUUCCCGGAGAAAAAUUAAUCACGGAGCGGUCGUUGGAGAGGUGGAAGAAAAACCUCGAGGCUGACUGGAACCCUCAAGAAUGUCAAAAAGAUCUUGGAACAGUUGGAGCCGUUGCUAUCGACAGUGCAGGAAAUGUAGCUUGUGCGACAUCAACAGGAGGACUUUCUAACAAACGGCUUGGCCGCGUUGGUGAUACAGCGUGCAUAGGAAGUGGUGGUUAUGCAGAUAAUAGUGUUGGUGCCACCUCCACCACUGGCCAUGGAGAGAGCAUUAUGAAAGUGAUCUUGGCAAGACUUACUCUUUACCAUAUGGAGCAAGGGAAAUCACCAGGAGAGGCUGCCGAUGCUGCUCUAGAUUGUAUGAAAACCAGAGUUGGAGGCUUAGGUGGCAUCAUUGUUAUUAGCAGUUCAGGGGAGUGGGCUGCUAAGUUCUCUACCAACCAGAUGUCAUGGGCUGUUGUGAAGGAUGACAAGCUGCAGUCUGGCAUUUAUACUGGGGAGAGGAAUACACAGUCCGUUGAAGAAGCUCUUGUUUCCAUUGGAUCUUAGAAACUAGGAACGACACCGAAGUUGUGUCACAGGAGGAAGUUCAUGGAAUUGAAUCUGCACCCUGCUCAGAAUGAGGCACGCACUUUUUCCAGGUGCAAGUACAAGUAGCCUAUCAGAAUUUUUCUUCUAGAUUGUGUAUGUUUAGUUCCUAUUUGUAAUCUGAUUGAUAAAAUAAUUUUGGCUCGGUACGUAUUUUAAUUUUCAUUCUUCUGAAUAAAAGGUUCUUCAGAAAUUUAUUGAUGGAAUUUCAUCAGCUUCUUGAUACCGGAUACAUCUGCAUGGUGUCAAAUGAUAAUGUGAAGAGAUGCUUAUCAUUGAGAAAAUGAAUAUAAUUAUAAGAUUAGUAGAGGGGAACGAUGUGUACUGAAAUAUCCGUAUGUGAUUAUCUCAUGUUUACAUAUAAAUUAACAUUGCACUAUUAAUUACUCUCUUUAACUAAACUUGAAUAGUUGUUUUUAAGGCUUUCUGUAUGAAAUUACAGUAGUGUUUUAUUUGAAACAAUAAGAAAUGAAAAUGAAAAAUAUAUUUUCUCACUAUAUAUUUUUCAAAAAUGUUUUGUGAUUAAGAAUUGUGUAGAUGUUCAUAUUAUUGGUCUAAAUCUAUUGUUCUGUAACUACGGUUUAAAAAAAACCAAGCAGCGUUGUAAAAAUCCAAGUAACUUUAUAAUACAUUUGUUCACAAGUGUUGUUUUAAAUCUGGAAUUAAAUGUACCAUGUUCUCAGGAACAAAACAAUUUAGAGAAAAUCAUAGUCAUAAUUUAUGAUACAUUGUGAUGGAGGCGGGCAAGAUUUUAUUGUUUUGAUGCUGAAGUUGGAUGACUAACAUCAGGGAUAUAAAGAAGUAAGGGAACUAAGAGGCUAUUUUGCACACAGGUUCAAUAAGCCGUAUGUUUGGUUUUUCAUGUUUUCCUAGACAAAUUUAAAAUAUUACUUUUCUAGAAUUAUGAGAGAUGUCUAUCGCCUCCACUUUCCAUUGAACCAAAUCUUAACAGUUCUUGUUUUCCAACAAUAAUAAUUUAUUAUUUUGAUCAGCAGGUUUUGGAUGCUAUUAUCCUAACUACAUAUUACUAAAGCAUAACUAUUCAUAUCUGCUUUUUGAUCCCAGAAUUUAUAUCAUGCUAAGUUCUGAUCCUGGAUCCUUCUAGAGUAGGGGUGUCAAACCCGUGGUCCGUGAGCUGAUGUGUCACACACUGGCCAUGCCUGUCCUCAUUUUAGCAAUGAUGUGUCGUCGUGAGUUUGACACCUUUGUUCUAGAGUCUUACGUAAGCUAAUAAAUCAUUCCUAGUUUUCCAUAAUCAGUAAUUUAGAUUAUUGCACUAUUCUCACAAUACUACUGACUCCCCCCCCAACACGGAAAGUUUGAUAAACUUAGGAGUUAGUAGAUGCUUUGUACUCCCCAACCCUCUUUGCAAUAGAUUAUGGUGCCGAUAGGAAUUUAAUGGCAUUUGUCACGAAGAUCACACACUAUUCAGACUCUCUGGAUUAACUUUUCAGCUGAAUUUCAGAGCAUUUGUGUUCAGAUUUGACUUGUUUUGACUUGACCACAAAUCCUUCUGUAUUUCAAAAAUACCAUGUUUUCUUUCAUUUUCUAAAUAUUAUUGUGGUUCUAAAGCCUUGAAUGUCUGAUUGCUAAUGCUUUACUAGUUCCAAUCAUGUACUAAUGCAUUGUAGCAUAUAGCUCAUCAAAUACUUGGCUGUGUCAGGCAAAAUGAGCAUAAAACCAUAAUCCACGUAUAGCAACAUAGGAAGCAUCUCCUUAGCAACACUAAGCCUUACAAAAAUAUGCCAUUUUAUAUAGAUCUUAUUUUAUCUAAUUUUACUGAAAAAUAAAGUCCUAUAAGCUAAUAAUUUCCAUACUUGGUCCCAAUUAGCUUUUGUAGUUCUGUAUUUGUAAUGAUAAGACUUAUUGCUUGAAAUCUAUUGCAAGUUUUAUUACUGUUUUAAUAUUGUUCAAGUGUAGGAAAGGCAAUGAAAUGGUCAUCUUAGAGCAGCGGUUCUCAACCUGUGGGUCGGGACCCCUUUGGGGGUCGAAUGACCCUUUCACAGGGGUCACCUAA